AAGUUUUCAUUCAUAAUAAUGGAAAAGAUAACUUGGGAAAAUUUGAUGCUAAGUCGGAUGAAGGAAUUUUCUUAGGUUAUUCUCUUCGUAGUAAGGCAUAUAGAGUGUUCAACAAGCGUACUAAGACCGUAGAGGAGUCUAUUCAUGUUAUCUUUGAUGAAUUUGAUGCUCGCUUGGCGAGAAAAGACAUUUUCACGAAACCCCUUAGUAGGGAGAGUUUCUUCCACAUUCGGAACGAACUUGGAAUUUUGGAUAUCUCUAUGAACUAAUCCAUUCUUUUUAUUGACUAUACUAAUUUGAGCGUCGGAGGCGCGAUAAAUUCUUUUUGCAGGGCUUUUAUUGUAGAGGAAGGAUGCCAAGGUGCAAGAACGCUUCCUCGGGUCAAGAAACCGCAGCAGAGGAGAACGAGAGGCCAUGGCGUCGUGAAGGAAGAAAGUAUAUUCACAUUCAAACGGGUCUCGCCUUCAACACUGGAGCUUCAGUCGAGAGGUUCCACAACAUCUUCCUCACGAAGGAGAUCGUCUCUCCCAAGAUCGUGAACAAGGACCUCUUCAAAUCGGCGACCUAUGCCCCGAGUAAGUCUAUGUUUCUUCAGCAAGGUUUGCUUUGUUUCAUUCAUUUGACGUAUGAAUUUUUCUGUCCAAAUCUUAUACGUCAAUUUUAUGCAAAUCUUCGUACCACUAAGGGAGGUUCGCCAUCUCUCAUUUCCUAUGUUGACGGCAAAACCGUUUUCAUCGACGGUGCCGGUCUGACUUCUUUGUUUGGCCUUCGUCGCGGUGAAAUUAGCGAAAACUUGGAUGAAACAUUCCAAGAUGAGGCAAUUUGGCGACAACUCGGGUUGGAUCCUCGUGAUCUCAAGUUUAGAAACUCUAGCAACCCGAGUGUCAUUAAUCUCAAGCUGAGUCAUCUCAAGCCGGAGGAAGUCGAGCCACGGAGCGGGUCACUCGUCAACGGAGGACUCGUCCAAGAGAAGAAGCACCGGAACCUUCUUGGGUGAAGAAGAUCUUCGAUACUCUCACGUGCAUCCGAGAUGAUGUUCGCCAGCUCAACGCGAGGAUGACUCGUCUUGAGCAAUCUCACUCCUACCGUGGCCCGCGUCACAGCUUUGGCGGAGGAGCUCGUCCAGCGAACUCUCAUUGAUUGUUAUUUUCUCUUAACUGAUUAUGAUACAUUGGUAUUUGUUAUGACUCUUUUGGUGGAUGAUGAUGUUUCCUUUCGAUGAUUCUAGUUGAUAUUCACUGCUUGUGUAUUAAUAUCUUUGUUGGCUUGGCAAUAUUGUUCUUAUUUAGAACAUAUUGUCCCUUUGUGGCAUUUUUUGUAAGAGUUCUCUUUUAAAGAAAACUCUUGCCUUUUU